GAGGAGAGAGAUCCAGAACCUUCUACAGAAACAACCAUGAAGCCAGCUGUCAUCGUCUUUCUCGCCUGCCUGCUCGUCCUCUGUGUACGAGGCCAAUUACACAGCAGACCCAAAACAUGCAAGUGUUCAGACUAUCUCAGAGGCAGGAUUCACUCAAAGCACAUCAGGGCCGGGCCCUUCAUCCAGGACCCCAGCAUGUUCUGUCCUCGUACAGAGAUCACGAUCAUCACCACAGCAAACACAGAGAAAUGUCUGGACCCCCAGUCACCACAGGGAAAACUCAUUCUGAGCAACAGACAGAAGAAGAGGGCCGCAGUGACCACGAGCACCACCAAGAGCCCAGCCACCACCACAACGCCAUCGGCUCAGACCGGCAGCAUGAGUUCAACCAGUGUUUAUGCCACGACCAGGCUGUGAGAGUCUGCACUGACGGCCAAUCAGAGGAAGAGAAAUAGCGUUAUUUAUAAGAGUCAUGUUCAUCAGCUUCUUUUGUACAGUUGUAGAAAAGUUCUCAAGUUCUCUGUUCUCUAUUCUCUCUGUGUAAAUAUGAAGUAAAUUAUCUGUAAAUACUUUUGAUAUAAAACAAUAAAACACUCCUGAUUGGACGCUCUGAGUC